AUGCCUAUCGACCACACGCCUAAGAAGCCCACUGCGGACGCCGAGAAGUUGCAGAUGUUUAUCCACCAACGUGGUCAAAUUAAAGGCAAAGUGACUAAAAUAACCAACAACCUUGAAAAGGCUGAAGAUGACCCAUCGCAAAUCAGUGCAUCGUUACUCAAAGUGUAUGGCAAAAAGUUAGAAAUGCAUUACACCGAGUACACUGAAGCCCACCGUGAAGUGAUUGCGAUAACUCCACCGGCAAAAAUGGAAGAGCAAGACGACAAGCUAGACGAAUUCGACGUUCUGCACACGGAAGCGCUCGAUCGCCUAGAGCGUCUGAUGGAGUAUUUUGCCAAGCCUGCUCCUGUGGUUGCUAUUCCUAGUGGAGCAGCCCAAGUAGUCGUGCAGCAUCAUCCCCUCAAAGCACCGAUACCUUCUUUCGAUGGUCGUGUGGAGAAUUGGCCCAAAUUCAAAGCCAUGUUUGAGGAUUUGGUCGUGAAAAGUGGUGAUUCCGAUGCCGUCAAGCUGCAUUACCUUGACAAAUCUUUGGUGGGUGACGCAGCUGGUCUCAUCAAUGCCAAGAUGAUUCAAGACAACAAUUUCCAUCAAGUAUGGAGACAGUUGAGAGAACAGUUCGAAAACAAGCGUGUCAUAGUGGACACCCACGUCGAUGGAUUGAUCCAGUUGAAACCGAUGAUGAAGAGCAACUUCAAAGAUCUGUUGGAGUUAACGAAAUCAUGUGAGCGUCACGUCGCAGGACUGGAGUACCAGGGUCUGGCAGUGGACGAACUAUCCGGGGUCAUCAUUACGAAGCUAUUAACCUCCCGUUUGGACACCCUACAGCUGUGGGAACGUAAGCAAACACAGGGUGAGUUACCCAAGUACGAGGAUACGUUGGUGUUCUUAAAAAGUGAGUGCCAAAUUCUUGAGCGUUUCCAACAUUCUCGUCAUCCUGUUGUGGCGAAAGAGCCUCAGUCCAAACAUUCCAAUGCAAAACCUGUGUAUCAGAAGGCACACACUGUCACGUCCUCUAAUUCUUCGAGUCAAUGUAAAUUUUGUGGCGAAAACCACCGCCAUUUUGAGUGUCCCAUUUUUACCAAAUUGCCUAUCGCAGAGCGCAUAAACAAGGUGAAGCAAUUGAGAAUUUGUUUCAACUGCCUCGGACUUGGCCACUGUGCCAAGGAUUGUUCUUCCAAGCGUAAUUGUUCGAAAUGUCACAAGCGACAUCACACCCUCCUGCACGAAGAAUUCUUCACGAAAACCCUUGAGACCGAAACCCUCCCUGAGAAGGACUCUUCCAAAGACGCUGCUGAAGUCAACACAGUUCCCAAAAUCGUUCCGUCAAGUGCCAACACAUCCUGUUCCUGCAACCAUUCUCAAACCGCAAAGACCGUGAUGCUACUAACUGCUAUCGUGAAUCUUGAGAGUACUGAUGGUCAGUUAGUUCCUUGCCGGGCAAUGAUGGAUAGUGGCUCCCAAGUAUGUUUUUUGUCCGAGACGAUCACCAACCGUUUGAAGAGUUCCCGUGAGCCAGUGAACGUGCCAGUUACCGGAAUAGGCGGAGCAAAGAUCUACGCAAGAGAGAAGCUGACAGUGACGAUCCAGUCCAGGUGUUCCAAUUUCUCCACUGAUAUGGAAUGCCUUGUGGUAGCAAGGGUAACCGGUACUAUCCCUUCCGCUAAAAUAGAUGUUUCAUCGUGGCCAAUUCCUGCCGGAGUUCAAUUGGCAGAUCCUACAUUCCACGUGCCUGAUAAAAUCGACAUGCUAAUCGGCGCUUCAAAGUUUUUCACGUUGCUGAAGUCUGGUCAGAUUCACCUAGCCGAUGGUCUUCCUGAGCUCCAUGAAACUCAUCUCGGUUGGGUCUUCGUUGGAGAAAUCAACAACGAUGCUGCUGAUACCGUAGUGGCCAACCCUGUUUCGCUUGAUUCCCUAAGUGAGACGAUAAGUCGGUUCUGGGAAGUUGAGGAUAUUUCACAUUCAGUGAAGGAGGAAACAGAGUUAAAUAUGUGCGAAGAGAUUUUCCGUUCAACACAUCGUCGUACGUCAACUGGACGUUACAUGGUUUCACUCCCCUUCCGAGAAGAUAUUGAAUUGCUUGAGGACAACCGAUCCGUUGCACUUCGUCGUUUCCUAAUGCUCGAGAGACGGUUCAAGAAGAAUCCCACCCUGAAGAAACUGUACUCUGAGUUUAUUGCUGAGUACGAAGCAUUGGGUCAUUGCCAUGAAGUUGAUGAAGCAAACGAUGUUCCUUCUCAAGGUCGUUAUUAUUUACCACACCACGCAGUGUUACGGCCAACCAGUUCGACGACGAAGCUAAGAGUGGUGUUCGACGCUUCGGCCAAGCCUAGUCCGUCAGCCAAGUCUCUAAACGAGGUACUUCAAGUCGGAGGCGUUGUUCAGAGUGAUUUGUUGAGCAUUCUUCUUCGUUUUCGCAUACCCGUCGUAGUAUUCACCGCUGAUAUAGCAAAAAUGUAUCGGCAGAUAUUGAUUGCUUUGGGCCAUACUCAAUUCCAACGGAUUUUUUGGCGGAUGGAACCCAACCAACGACUACGAGUUCUGGAGCUGCUAACCGUAACGUACGGAACAGCUUCAGCGCCUUUCCUUGCUACCAGAUGCCUGGUUCAGUUGUGCAACGACGAAGGUAACCGAUUUCCUCUUGCGUCCAAGAUUCUCAUUGAAGACUGUUAUGUAGAUGACAUCCUCUCUGGAGCUGACAGUGUAGAAGAAGCUGUAGAAGCACAGCGCCAGCUGCAAGAAUUACUCCAAAUUGGUGGUUUUCCUAUCCACAAGUGGAGCUCAAACUGUUCGGAAUUACUGAAUCAAAUCCCUGAGGAAAAUCGAGAGAAGUUAGUGCGCUUGGAUUAUACUACCACCAGCGAAGUAAUCAAGACCUUGGGGCUAACAUCGAGCCCACAUUCUGAUGAAUUCAUGUUCGUGACGAAGAUUCCAGCCGAAGUGCCUGAAACAUACACCAAGCGAAAGGUAUUUUCGGAGAUUGGGAGGCUAUUUGAUCCAUUGGGUUUAGUCUCUCCCGUCGUUGUGGUAGCAAAGAUUUUUAUGCAGAAAUUGUGGACCGCUGGUUUUUCUUGGGACGAAAAUCUUGAAGGAGAACUUCUGCUUUCUUGGUUGAAGUUUCGCGAUGCUCUGCCGCAAAUGUGUGAGAUGAAAAUUCCUCGACGUGUCAUUCUUUCAAACACCGUUGCUAUGGAAAUCCACGGGUUUUCUGAUGCCUCAAUUUCUGCGUACGGUGCAAUUGUGUAUGUGAGGAAUGUUUUUCCUGAUGGCAGAGCCGAGUUGCGACUCUUGUGUAGCAAAUCAAAGGUCGCCCCAAUAGCUGAAUUGAGCAUUCCUCGGAAGGAGUUGUUAGCGGCCCGACUGUUGUCCCGAUUGGUUGUGAAGGUGAUUGAUUCGAUGAAGAUGAAAUUUGACGAUGUUACUCUCUGGUCUGACAGCCAGAUAGUACUGGCUUGGCUACGCAAGCCAUUAAGCUCACUCCAAGUAUUUGUACGGAACCGAGUUGCUGAGAUCAUCACUGAAACCAAAGGCUACACCUGGAAAUAUGUCCCUACCAAGGAGAACCCAGCGGAUAUUGUGUCAAGAGGAUCGCUGCCCAAAGUCUUGAUAUCCAAUGAAUUGUGGUGGAAGGGUCCCCUUUUCCUACGAUCCGCAAACUACGAAACUGAACAACCAAAUCAGCUAUCGGAUGAAAAAUUGCCGGAAUUGAAAUUGACAGCCUUCGUUUCUGCAGCCGCAUACAAUGCUGAUAAUCUUCCCGUUUUUGCCAAGUUCAGCUCCUUUCGGAAGCUGCAGAGAGUGAUCGCAUAUGUACGGCGUUUCACCUCAAACUGUAAAAUCAAGGACUCGAGUCUUCGUAACUUGAAGUGUCACCUCACAGUUCCUGAAUUACGAGGAUCGAUGGAUGUAAUCAUCAAGGUAGUUCAACAUGAAAUUUUAGGAGACGAAAUAAGCCGUAUCGAGAACAAGGAGCCAUGUAAAAGAAUUGCUUCUCUGAAUCCUGUGUACCAGGAUGGACUGCUGAGAGUAGGUGGAAGAUUGACGAAUUCGCCUAUAUCCGUAUAUAUUGCCGAAUCAUCCCAUUGUCGAUCUUCUGAUAAGAGCGUACCAUCUCGAGAAUAUGCACGUUGGACCGUCAAGUUUGCUCGUGAUAAUUCGAGGCAGAUUUUGGUUAACACGAGACCAACGAAGGCAAGUCAGCUAAUGGGAAAUUUGCCUUCUUGCCGUGUGACUCCUGCUCACCCGUUUGAAGUGACUGGUGUGGAUUAUGUGGGCCCCGUGUUUGUAAAACAAGGACGACGAAAGCCAAUUGUGGAGAAAGCGUAUAUAGCCGUAUUCGUGUGCAUGGUAACACGAGCUGUGCACUUGGAAUUAGUGUCGGAUAUGACCACAGAUGCGUUCAUUGGUGCAUUACAACGAUUUACGAGCAGAAGGGGACUGCCUCGAGAAAUGCACUCUGAUAACGGCUCCAACUUCCGAGGAGCAAAGGCGGAACUCAACGAGCUGUACAAACUGUUUAGGUCUCAAUCAGCCGUUGGAAAAAUCGAGGGUUUUUGUCAACCGAAGGAAAUCGCUUGGUUUUUUAUUCCAUCUGAGGCACCAAACUUUGGUGGUAUCUGGGAGGCCGCCGUUAAAAGUGCCAAAUACCAUUUGAAACGCACUUUGAAGGACACUCAUUUGACAUUUGAGGAAUACGUGACAGUUCUGACACAGGUCGAGGCUAUAUUGAAUUCCCGGCCGCUCUAUGCUACCUCACCUGAUCCUGAUGAUCCCGAGGUACUCACCCCUGGUCAUUUUUCGAUCGGGCGUCCGCUUACUGCCAUCACGGAGCCGAGUUACCAAGACAUUUCUGUCAAUCGUCUUGGCCGUUGGCAAUUUUUGCAAAGACUACGGGAAAAAUUUUGGAGAAAGUGGAAAAAUGAUUACCUGCAAACCUUGCAACAACGAACCAAGGACCAAAUCAAGAAACACAAUUUGCAGCCAGGAAUGAUUGUGCUCCUAGAAGAACAGAAUUUGCCACCCAUGAACUGGAAAUUGGGAAGGAUUGUUCGAACCUAUCCAGGAUCCGAUGAAUUAGUUUGUACGGUCGACGUUAAG